AAUAUUCCAGAUUAAGAAUGUACAAUGGACAAUUCAUGUUCCAGCACUAGUUCGACUGUAUGUGAAAAGAAGGAAGAGAAAGAGGAACCGGAGCAAACCCUCAAGCUCUGCUUGAAGAAGGAGAAAGGGAAGAAGAAGAUUAACUGGACUGAAGAUACUGUCGAUAACGAAGGUUUAGGAAAGAAGAAGAGUAAGUGUUGCUGUCAGUACAGGAAACCAAGGAAAGAUUUGGAGGAGAGUUCCUCCGAAUCUGACUCUGAUUGUGAAAACUGUUUCGGGCACACAGCUUCAGAUAAACAAACAAGCCAACCAUAAUGUCCCUGGGACUACUCGGAGCUUAUGUCUCCGGCAGUGAGACUGAAA